CUCGACAACGGGCAGGAUGGCGUACUGUGGGUCUGUCGGCAGUGUCAAUGUGCUGGCAGUUAUGAGCACGGACCUGUUUGACGAGUCUCAAGAGAACCCGCUCCUCCUUCAACAGCGGUCGCCGUCGCCGUCCAAGCAAAAGAUGGAUAGUCCUCGCUCGUCACAACUGAUGUCCUUCAACGCUGAACUGCCACUGGGUGAUACAGCACAGGAGUACAAUUAUCAAGCAAAGGGCGCCACCUCUCCAUUCAAGUUUUCACCGCAAUCUCAACCAGCCUCACCUCAAUAUUCCCCCGGACGCACAGUCUCCUUCUCUUCUCCACGCAGUAUCCUCAAAAGACAAGCCAGCUACGACUCAGAUAUUUCUACCAUUUCAUCAACUCGUGAUCAACAGCAACCACAACAAACGAUUGAUCCUCAUGUGAUCGAUUCAGAACUGCACAAGCUGUUGUAUUCCUUGACCCGCUUCGGACUCGCGAACGGUGCGGCUGAACCAGCUCAGGACCAACCUCUUAGCUUCAACCCGUUGUGGUUUCGUGGAGGAGGCUCACAUGGUGAAUUAUUCGCUCCGUCAGAAGUCCACGACAGUAGAGACGAAGCUGAAGGUCGCAUCAGUAUGGCUACCAGUAAGCGGAGGCGUUCUAGCAAAAAGCAAUCCUGCGUGCGGCAUCAAGAUCCUAUGAGCGGAUCGCGUGGAUCCGUCACGUUUGCUACUGUGAAGAAUCUGCUGCGCGGUGGCGGAGUCGCUGGCCGCACAGCAUUUAAGAACACACCCGACGUCCAGCGUAAGAAGAGUAUGGGCACGAUAUCGUCACGCCUCAAGGUUAACCAGAAGUUCGUACGACCGACGAUCAACACCGACGCCUACCAUCGAGUGAGCAACAUGAAGCUAGGUACAAGUCCGUUGAAAUUAAAGACCAAGCACGUUGCAUUCCCCGAGCGGUGGGACAACGAUCUUUGCGAUCGCGAGGAGGCCGAUGCAGGCAUGCCUCCCCCGAAGGGCCAGCUCAAACGCGAUUCGUUUAUUUCGCUGGAAACUCUUGAUAAGAUCGGCACUCGUGCGGCGUGUCCUGUGCAUCUCAUCGAUGUGGAGAAGCCCGACUAUUCUAGUGUGAAUGCUCGCGUGGACAGCUAUAACCACGUGCGUAGUCCGAAGCGCGGCCUACGCCGUCCGUCUACUUGGCUCGCUGGUGCUGCCCUGGAUGCACGCGUGGCUUACUACGAGGAACACCCAGUCCAGCAGUAAACAAAACAAUACUGUAGUACAUGUAUAACCACAUUUAAUAAACGUCAACAAC